GUAUUCAUUGAUGAAUUAGAUGCAAUUGCCCCUGCAAGGAAAGAUGGGGGUGAAGAGCUAUCUCAAAGAUUGGUUGCAACUUUAUUGAAUCUAAUGGAUGGAAUUAGCAGAACUGAAGGGCUACUUGUAAUUGCUGCCACUAACCGGCUUGACCAUAUUGAGCCAGCUCUCAGACAACCAGGAAGAUUUGACAAAGAAAUUGAAAUUGCUGCAAGUGAAAACAAGAAGAAAAGAGUGCAUGGCAUAGGACAUAGCUUGGAUCUUGGAACUAGUAGCUCUACCCAAACUUCAUCUCCAGAGGUUGCAGGUUCCUCUACAAAUCUUACGCCUAUGACAGAAGAACGGGUCACUACAGUUAUAAAUAAUGCAUUGGCCUCUUUUUUGCAAACACAAUUACUAGAGAUGAUGAGGCAAAUAAUUCAAGCAGUUCAACCAUCAACAACACCAUCAACCAACCAACAUAGGGAGGAUCAAGGACGAGAUGAUGAUUUUACUAGCUUAGGUUGA